UGAAAGAUAGCUCAUGUGUGGAAGGGAACACAGCCACAAUUUAAUGUAAAUCCUUUCAUGCAAAAUAUAAAUGAUUAAGUUGUGCAUAUGUUAUUUUUAGGAACAGCUACCAUUAUUGUAAAAGGUUAAAAGCAGCAUAUCUUGUCAGUAAUGAAACUUUUUUUUUCUGGAAGCUCUUAUUUUAAGUCGAGAACCCCUCCAUGAUUCACUUUUACCUGGAACGACAAUAAAAGCAGACUAACAUUGUUCUAUUUUUUGUCUUUUGAAAAAAAAAAACUUGGCUUUAGUUCAGCCAUAACAUAAAAAACGUAUACAAGUUAUACAUUUGCAUUCUUAAGGACAAAUAAAAUAAUCUGUAAUGUUUCCAAGGCUGCCCAAACACAUCUAAAUAUGUCAAAUAAAUGAUAAUAAAUAGACCCAGAAUGCAAAGUCUGCAUUUUCAUCCACUGCUCUUUUCACAUGGCAUGUUCUUCGUUUAAUUUGAGAAUCCAAGAUAACAGUCUGCAUAAAAGCUGAUGUGUUGAUCUUUAAUCAAACCUGAUGCGUCCAGGCUGAUUCUGAGCUUAAAGCAAGAAACUGAUUCAGUAAGUCUGCAGCAGAUCCUCUUUAUUAAUAAUUUCCUGCUGUCAGAACUGUUCUGAUGAACCCGGACACAACCACACACCGCGUAUAGUUUUAAGAGUUUUAUUGAAGGAGGUCAGUUAUGGAGGAUAAGAACGCACCAGAGUCUUGACUGAGCAGGAACAGAAGGAUGUAGACGGCAGGAGCUGGAGAGUGACCGCAGUUGAGCCUUGGGGCGGAACCCAAGGCUGCAGAUGAGCUUCGGGAUGGGACCCGAGCAGAACUUGGAGCGGGAUCCAAGGGCGCUAAGGAAGGAGUGCGAUCAGGAGAGGACAGCUGGGUGAGCAGGGAGUAACAGCAGGAACAGCAGCACAGCAGGUGGAGUUCUUGAGGUGCUGGAGUAGCACCAAAACCAGCAGCACAGCAAUGUGGUGACUUGGAGCGCUGAAAUAGCAGGAGAGCCGGCAGCACAACAGAGUGAGUUCUUGGAGCGUAGGGACCCUCCUAUUUUUUGGGUUAUCCGUUUAAUUUUGAAUUUACAGUUUAUCUUUACAGCAGCUGAUCAUUCUCUUGCUAACAUAAUCUUCUGUCUUCUCUAAAGUUGCAAAUUGUGGCAUAAUUUGGAUAUGAGUGAGUUGGAGGCAAGAGAAAAAAAAAAAAUGUAACCGCGGAUGUUACGGUCCAAGUCCAGCGCUACUUUUCAGAGCCCAAAAUCAGCAGAAUGGCAAAUUCACUCAAGUGCUGGGAGAGGCAAAAACUACUUUACCCAAGUUUACAGAAACUGGUGUUUGUGUUUCUGUGCACACUAGGUUCUUUAGUGCCCUGUGAAUGGGUAUUUUCAAAGACUGGACAAGUACUGUCAAAAAAAAGGAAUCAAUUGAAACCAAAAACUAUUGAAAACCUUUUAUUUACCAAUAAAAACAAAUAAAUAUUUUGCACAACAUUGUCUAAGCUGCACAAGCACAUCCAGUACUCUGUUUGUAGUUCCUAAAACACUUUCACUGUCUGUGUACUUAAACCCAUGCUUUUUCACUAAAGUGACAGAAAAACAAUACACACCCUUUUCUUUGGGUGUGUACAUACUCUUCUUAGAAUAAUUACGCACAGAACAUGUUCAACAAAUAUUUUUAUAUAUAUGUGAUAAUCAUUAGAUAAAUUAAUAUUUAUUAAUUAUUAAUGACAAUCUCAAUUGGUUCAAUGCCUCAUCUCACCAUCUCUAAAAGGUUUAAUUUCUAGGAAAAUUAAUUUCAGCAAAAAGUCUCAGAGAAUUCAGAGGGCUUGACUCUACCACAUGCAUUGACAAUCAGGGGAUGAAUGGCUCUGCUGCAGCUCUUUAAAUCCUCAGCAAACAAACACAAAACAGCCCUGCCUCCCAGCAGAGAUCCUCUAUUGAAAACAGUGCUCACACAAACACACUCAGACCAGGACCAUGACAACUUACUGCAAGUUUCAUAAGCAUCACAGGUGCAACAGAUGUAGGUUUUGGUUUUUGCUGAGUUAUGACAGAAGUUAUGAACCAGAUCUGAUCAAGGACUGUAACUACGCAUUAUUGCUUUGUGUCAUUUCCCCAUUUUGUGGGUGAUAGCAUAUUUAGAAGCUCUAUAAGUAGCCUGUGAUUCCGUGCUGAAGGCAAGAAGUUGCUGACUGAUUCAGGAAACAUAUCAUUCUGCAUCAGUUUUCAAAUCUGCAUCAUCUCAUCACCUCAUCAUGAAGCUGCUGGCUGUGUGUGUCCUGGUUUUUUCUGUGAUGGCUCAGACCAGAGCUGAUCCUAUCCAAGAUGAUGGUUCCACUGAUCAAGAAGAAGUUGACUUGGUCCAGAGAUCUUCUUGUCCUCCCGGCUGGUCUCCAAUCAAGAAUCGCUGCUUUCGCUAUGUUCCCAAACCCAUGACCUGGGCUAGAGCUGAGAGACACUGUCUGUCCAUGGGGGCACACCUUGCAUCAGUUAAUUGCUUGAACGAGUACCAUCAGGUUCAGUCUCUGAUAACUACGGCAUCUCACGGGUCCAAAGAAACAUGGAUUGGAGGCACUAACGCACAGGAGACGAGCAUUUGGUUUUGGAGCGAUGGAAGCCCUCUGCACUACACAAACUGGUGUCACGGAGAGCCUAAUAAUGGGGGAAACAGGCAGCACUGUUUGCAGAUGAACUAUUCUGGUGAAAAGUGCUGGGAUGACGACACCUGUUCUGUCCGUCGUCCUUCUGUCUGCGCCAAGAAAAUCUAAUGAGUCAGAUGUUCACAAAGAUGCAGGAUCCACAUGAGGACUGGUGUUACGUGUUUCUGUUAACCUGCCUUUUUGAAGCCUCAGAUAUCCUAAAACUCAUUUCUGCUUCUUUCCUUUACAUAAUUUCUCUGUUUUGCAACCUAGUAAAAUGAAGCCAAAAAUAAAGAGCGGGUGGAUUUUCUCUCUAAUUAGAGCUGAAUGUGUUAAAAAAAAUUACAAUUUAAGCUAAACUUUCUUGUUUUCUUCAGCCUUUCAAAAAUAAACCUUUGAA